AUGCCUCUUGAGAACUUAGAAGAGGAAGGUCUUGAAAAGAUUCCUGAUUUGCGAUUGGCGCAAUGGGUAUUUCGAGCGGGGUUGGAAAAGACUCCACCUGCUAUGAAGGCUGAAGUCAGGGAGAAAAUACUGACUGCCAUUCGAAGUCAAGAUAUGGCCCCUUAUUACGGGAUUGUCUGCAAAGAACUUGGAUUACCACUGGACUCGCAAUUACUUAACACGAUGCAAGCAGUUAAUGAGGCCGAACUCAACUCACUAGACGAAAAGAUCAAAGAUGCGGAAGCAAAUCUCGGAGAAACUGAAGUUCGGGCUGCAAUGACAGCUAAAGCUCAUUAUCUCAGCAAAAUUGGCGACAAGGAUGCUGCUCUUGCGCAGUUUCGCCUUAUACUCGAUAAGGUUCUCAUGCCCGGCUUCCGCUUGGAUGCGAUAUUCCAUAUACUACGUAUCGGUUUCUUCUUCAAUGACAGAGAGUUGAUCACCAGAUAUUUGGAAAUCGCUAACAACCUGAUUGAAGAGGGCGGAGACUGGGAUCGACGCAAUCGUCUCAAGGUCUAUCGCGGCUUAUAUAGCUUAUCCGUCCGUGACUUUACCGAGGCUUCUAAACAAUUUCUCGAUGCUGUCGCGACUUUCACCAGUUACGAACUGAUGGAUUACAAGCGGUUCAUUAUUUACACAGUCAUGACCGCUAUGAUUGCACUCAAACGGCCCGACCUCCGUGAAAAAGUUGUCAAAGGAUCCGAGAUACAGGAAGUGCUUCACAGUCUGCCCAAUGUCCGGGAAUUCCUCAUGUCACUAUUUGAAUGUCGCUAUGCUGAUUUUUAUCGCUACCUUGCUGGUAUGGAACAAUUUAUGAGCUGUGAUCGCUACCUCAGUCCGCACACGCGUUACUAUGUUCGCGAGAUGCGUAUUCACGCGCUCAGUCAACAUUUGGACUCUUACAGUAGUCUCAGUUUGGACAGCAUGGCUGCUUCGUUCGGAGUGACUCCGGCGUUUCUGGAUGCCGAACUUUCACGCUUUAUCGCCAGUGGUCGUCUGGCUUGCAAAAUCGACAAAGUCUCUGGGGUUCUAGAAACAACUCGUCCGGACAAUGUGAAUUCACACUAUCAAUCCAUGAUUAAGCAAGGCGAUCUUCUUUUGAACCGCAUCCAGAAGCUCAGUCAAGUAAUAAACAUAUAACGAGUGCGCGAUGUUUCAUCGGCUGCGAAGUCUCCGUCGCUUUCUGUAUUCCCAAUUCUGCUUGAUUUGAAACUCGUGCCUGUCACCGACUGUUAAUAUAUUGACGUUCUUGACGCAUUGAUGCUUACUUUUCACGAGGUUUACCCAUUGUACGCAUUUGUUGCCUUGAAAUGUGAAUGAACGCCAUCGAUGUCCGUUCGUCCUGUAAUCAUCGUCUCCUAAGGCUGCUGUAGCCAAGCAGUAAAAUAUACUGUUGUACUUUAGCAUCGGCUCUAAUUCGCAUUUGCAACAUGUUUCUUGUAAUCCCGUUUUUUUGCAGGUGGUUACAUGUUCAAUUGUUUCCG